CGGACUCAGCUCCUGGAAAACUGGUAACACUGCACAAGAUGAAGGGGAUUCUUAAAGACAGAACACAAAAGAAACUGAAUGCUGUGGUCAAUGUGGAGAUGCAGAGCCACUCGAUCGGAGCGGUGCGCUGGAAUCUUCCGGAAGAAACGGUGCAGGUUCACAGCUCAGCUCCCAGCAGCCCUUUCAAGAACAGCAAGAGCACGUCUUCACGCUCACAGCAAAGACACCAUCAGAAGAGCCUGAAAGACCUCCGGAGCCUGCAGGAGUGCAUCAGCUUUCUCAACAGCUGGGAGCUACAGGUGGCACAAGUCUGUAAGAAAGGAAGCGAUGGUGGAGAUGAGUGUGCUUCGGGUGCGUCGGAUCGGCACGAAGACCCUCGAACCGAGCGCAGUCUGGAGGAGAGCCGCAAACUCAUCCUGCAGUGGGCUGAUGAACUCAAGAGCGUCGACAAGGUAUCUAAAGAGAGCCCGUGGCUGCAGGAGAGGUUCAAGUGCAGUGAGGAUGAUGAGCAGAAGAAGGAGGAGCAUGGAGAAGUGGUGCAGCAGAGGGUCAUGGAGUGGGCCAAAGAGCUUCAGAGUGUCUCAGAGAGCUGUGGCAUGCUGGGAGAUGAGCUGCCGCAGAUGCUUCGUCUGCUCGGUCUGAGGAAGAAGAGGCUCGUCUCCUUGAUGCCGCUGCUCGAGUUCAUCACCUGGUCUUUACUGAAGGACGACAGCAAGGACCUGGUUUCUCAGCUGUGGCUUUCGGCAAAGCAGCGCUCCUGGGAAGCAGGCACACAACAAUACAUCCCCAACUCCGUGUGGUCUUGGAUCACCAGCGCAUCAGUCAAUGUUACCCUCGACCCGUUGACGGCCCACCCCUGGCUGCUGCUCUCCGAUGAUCAGAAGAAGGUUCAGGAGGGUUUGGAAGAAGCCGACCUGCCGUACAGCCCACAACGCUUCGACAGCUGGCCGUGCGUCCUGGGCUGGAUGGGCUACACGAGAGGCCGCAGCUAUUGGGAAGUGGAUUUAGCGAACAACGGCUACUGGAGAGUCGGGGUCACCACGGCGUCCUCUAAGAGGCACGGACGCUUCCCUAUGAAGCCUUCGAAGGGUUACUGGGUGCUGUGGAGGAGCACACGACAAUUCUACGCCUGCACGGACCCCGAGACGCCGCUGCCUGUCACGCUGGUGCCAAAGAAGAUGGGAAUAUACAUCGACUACGAAGAGGGCCAGAUCUCUUUCUACCACGUGGAGAACAAAUCGCACAUCUACACCUUCACGGGGCAUUUCCACGGGAAGCUCUACCCGCUCUUCGCCCCGCUGGACGGGAGGACUGUCAUGACGGUAUCCUGUCCUGAAGACGACAGCGCUUCAUAAAUUCUUUUCCUUGUACAUAACACUGAACACUUUAUCAUCCUGUGCCAAAUUCAGCAUAGAUUUUCACCGUAGUAGCAUUAUUUAAUAUAUUUAUGAUGUCCGUUUGUCUUGAGAUAUUCUCUGCCCGCAUGAUACUUCCUGAAUUUCUGACUUUCUAUCCGUGUUCAUUUAUUACUGCGAUUGCUGCUAGACUGCACUUUAUUUUACAAUUAUUCAUUCUCCAUGUGUUAGAUUGAACAUCAUUGCACCAGGGCGUGCUUAUUAUAUCUAUAUUAAUAUAUACAUAUAUUUUUUGUUUAAAAAAUCAUAUUUUUCAUAUUGAGGACAUCAUAGUAACACAUGGAGUUUUGUUUUAUUAGAAAUCUGUUUGCUUUAUUAUUAAUUAAUAGCAUUUUAAUGCUAUUCAGCCUUCGAAUUUGAGUAGUUUUCUGUAAAAAAAAAAACAAAAACAAAAAAACAACAACAAAAAAAAAACAACAACAAAAAAACAACUUUUUUGUGAAAUCCUGUACAGACAGCCCAUAAUACUGUAUCUCCGGAACCUAAUUCAUCACAAUAUCGAUGUUCUGUCACUGUAUUGUCUGGCUCUAUUUACCUCCAUCCUGUUUUUGUCAGGAAAUCAUUUCCUUCAGUAUGUCAGAAGAAUAAUUCCUGAUUCCUGGCUACCUUCUUAAAGAAGGCAGGUUCUUCAGCCUCUUUAGGUUCUUCAGCCUCUUCAGGUUCUUCAGCCUCUUCAGCCUCUU